UAACUCUGGCUCUGCAGCAGCGACCCUGGUGCAGAGGCAUCUUGGCAAAGCUACAGGUGGCUCUUCUGUUUGCAUAUGUUGCGAUAAAAUAACAUUGCAUUUAUUUUUUCAAGGCUUUUCAUCUCAAUCUAGCACAGGAUAUCAUUACUGCUGUAUCUUAGACUUGCCAGUGCUUCAUGAUCAGCAGAGAAUAUCAUGACAGAUUUCUGCAGAUUCCCUGUCAGCCCAAGGUAACUUCAUGUACUGCCAAUACCUGCAUAUAUUGUACUGUCUCUUCAUGAAGCUCCUUUCAAUGCCUUUUCAGGGCAGACAUGAUUACCGGCAUCUCUCUUUUUGGUGUCUUCUUUUGGUCCGGCAAAGAUGCUUCAUGGUGCACAAAAAUGUACUAAAACUAUCACUGCUUUAUCAGGCCGCUUGUGUACAUAUAUGUAUCGGCGGCCCUGAGUCUUCUUCACUGAAUCACCAUUUCCUCCUGGAGCUGCUUUGCCAAGUUCACAUGGCUGGACUAGCUUCCCAGGUGAAGAGAUACUGUGACUGUUACAAGAGAUAUGCGGGCCAUUUGGAUGGAAAGAUGAGGUGUUUCCGCGGGCGCAUGACUGCUAAUUUUAGACAUGGCAUGGUUAUACCGUACAAGUUCAUCGACCAUUUCGGAGGAAAUAUCUCAAGGACCAUCGAACUGGAAUCCCGUAAUGGCAGCAUGUACACCAUUGAAGUCUCCAAGCUUAUGAAUGAAACGGUCCUCCGGCAGCAUGGAUGGGAGGCAUUUGUCGAUGCGCAUGGCGUCGAGGAGAACGACUCGUUGCUGUUUCGCCACAUUGAGAAGUCGCGUUUCGAGGUCCUGGUGCUCGACUCCGAUGACUGUGAGAAAGUGCUUCCCUCUGCUGGCAUCAAAGUUGCUUCUUGUAAUGUUCAAGAAAGCUGCAGCAUGGAUUAUAUUGAUAUAUCAAGCAGCUCGGGUGAUGAUACCACAAGGUCGCCAGGGAGCCAACGAUUUGCUGCGUGUGAAAGAGGCGACUCGAGCCAUCCAAGAAAAACUGCUCUAAAAAACGACUCCUCGUCUGAGGAGGAUUCAGGAGAAGACACUGAUGCUGCUGAGGAACAUUCUGAACAUGAAUUAUCUUUUGAGCUAGAUGAUAUACGUCAGACACCUUGUGCAGGGCGCGCCUAUGUCUUGUCUCGGUGUGGUCAUCUGUCUGGAGCUCAGGAGGAGAGAGUAACUAGGUUUCUCCAGGAUGUUCGAGCUGAGACUCCGGUGUUCGUGGCCAUCAUGAAAAUGAGCACACAGAAUCGCACUAUUGUGAUCCCCAAGCUGUUUGCAGAGGAGCACUUCCCGCGUGAGAGCCAGAACCUGACGCUGCAGCGCCCGGGCAAGAGCAAGAAAUGGCACCCGUGGUUUUCCAUCAGGAAGGAUCGAUGUGGGCACGUCCUCACCGGGUCUCGCUGGGUAGGCUUCCUCCGUGACAAUGGUGUGCAGGAGGGAGAUCUCUGCGUCUUCCAACCAGUGCAGGGCACUGGCACCAGGAGCAAAUUCACAGUCCAUCUGCUUCACGAGUCCUUGGGUGCAAGUGGAAGUACUGGUCCGAAGAAAAGAGUAGGAUGCUGUUAUGGCCGGCCGGCUUAGGCCCGCAAGUUAUCUUAGUUUUUAUUUUCAGAUUAGGCAAGUUAUCUUAGACAAGUUAUUUUAGGUUGAAUCUUCUACAAGUUAUCUAGGAUAUAAAUAUAGGUUGUAAGACUUUUUUUGAAGGCAAGCAAUAAGAAGAAUAUUAUCUCCUAUUGCCCGGCUCCCUGAGGAGCCGGAACCCUAGCCGCCAACAGCCCUAGCCGCCGCCCUUCUCCUAGCCGCGACGACGCCCUGCCGCCGGCGCGCCCGAU